CAGUGGGUAGGGUUUGUUAUGACAGGUAUUAAAGGGAUUCAAAUAGUGAUUGAACACUGAAAAUGAUGACAGUGUUGCACUUGGACCAAAGUAACGGUUCACGGCGAGCAAAGCUACAACGGUAACCGGCCUGAACUGAUUUUGGCUACAGUUGCGUAUUUCGUUACUGUUGCGCGUGUUGUCUGACCCAACGAUGGUGGAGGUAUUUGUUGGGAAAACUCUCCUCAAUAAAGAAGGGGAUCUUAUUGACCCAGAAGAAGCUCUCAUGAAUAAAGUAGUGGGAAUAUAUUUUUCUGCCGGCUGGUGCCCGCCUUGUCGAGAUUUCACCCCUAUUCUAUGCGAUUUUUACACGGAACUUGUCGAGGAGAGCGAACCACCUGCACAGUUAGAAAUCGUUUUCAUAUCUUCUGACAAGUCGAAUGAUGAUAUGAUGGAGUAUUAUCAUGACAUGCACGGAGAUUGGCUGGUCCUGCCUUGGACGGAUCAAUACAAACAGUAAGUUCUUAUGACUGUCUCAUCUUUCAUGUAGCCUAUUACCAUUUGAGUUAUUGUAAAGAGAUAGUAGUGACAAACAUUUGUGCAAAAACAUGGUUGAACUGAUCUUAGGACUAUAUGCUUUCCUCCACUGUCUGCUAAAUGAUGUAAAUGUAAUGUAAAUGUCUAGCCAUAGUACAGCGAUUGUAAGUAACAGGCUUUGUAAGAGGUUUAUGGGUCACCCUUUGAGGGAUUAGGUUUAAAAAUAGGGCAAUGUCUCUACCUGCCUGAUGAGACAAGUGAUUGGAGCUCAGCAAGGGAGUUUACUGUAUUCCUCUGCUAGAUUGGGACCUGUAUUUUGUGUUGUACAACGUGUGUUCUGAUAGUCUGAAUGUUAUGUUCACCCAUUUCAUUGAUAAUCGGCCUGUCAAUUAUGAGCAAUGUGUGUAGCUAACCUACACCAACCUACCAGCCAUCCCGCCAAUAAUUGGUUUCCGGAAUGACACAAUCCUUUGUGCCUUCAUAAAAAGUGAACCUUUGUCUGGUAUAAGCCAUAUAGUGAAAAAGUAAUGGUUAUGCCCUGUGCUCUUCCACUUCCUCUUCAGUGACUUAAAGAAGAGAUUCAAUAUCACAGCGGUCCCUAAACUGGUGAUUGUGAAGGAGAAUGGAGACGUGAUCACAGACAAGGGAAGGAAACAGAUCCGGGACCAGGGCCUAGCCUGCUUCAGGAGCUGGUUGGAGGUGGCUGAAGUGUUCCAGAACUUUAAAGCUUUGUAGACAUUCUAGAGUACAUCAUUCUACAUUAUAGAGCACCUUCCUGCUCCUGACCCAUAAAAACUAUUAUUUUCUAGCAAUACUGUCGAUACUAAACUUCUGCACUACAACAACAACAAUGGGGCUUUUUUUCUAAAUAGGCUUUUAUAAUACCAGCUACAAUAGAAACAAUGAACAGACAUGAGUGGCUUAUAUUUUCAGAAUACAUAUUUUGAGGUGUUCGGCUAUUUUUAUAUUUUGUUUUAUAUUACUUAAAAUGCACAAUAAUUAAAUCCUUUGCUCUCUG